GCUGGGGAGCCGUGGCGCACUCCCGCCUCCGCCCCCCGCGCUCUCUCCAUUAGGAGCCGCCGGACUAUGCGAUCGCUCGCAGCCAUUGCCGCCGCCGCCGCCGCCCAUUAGAGACUCCCAGCCGGCAGCAGCAACAGCAGGACAAGGACCCACCCUCCCCCCACCCGCCUCCUCCUCCUCCCCGGCUCAGCUCCCGCGCAGCCCCCGGUGCCUGCAGCCCCGCACCCGCCCGGCUUCGACUCGGAUGCGUUGAUCCUGCGGCUAGCCCGGGGAAGGCCGGCGCGGGGGGCUGUGGUCCCGCCGGGGGUCCUCUCCGCGCCUGCGGCUGCACGUUUGCUUAUCUCGGGGGGGCGGCCGGCGGUUCCCGAUCUCGUGGGGGUGGGUCGUGUCCGCCUCUUUGCCUUCCCCGCCCGCGGAGCGUCUGAGAGGGGAGCAGAGCCCGCCGAGGUUGCUUGGCCACCAUGGGAUGUACCUUGAGCGCGGAGGAAAGAGCAGCCUUGGAGAGGAGCAAAGCGAUCGAGAAGAACCUCAAGGAGGACGGGAUCAGCGCUGCCAAGGAUGUCAAGCUGCUGCUGCUGGGGGCUGGAGAAUCUGGGAAAAGCACCAUUGUGAAGCAGAUGAAGAUCAUCCAUGAAGAUGGUUUCUCUGGAGAAGACGUGAAGCAGUAUAAGCCUGUGGUCUACAGCAACACUAUUCAGUCACUGGCAGCUAUUGUCCGCGCCAUGGAUACUUUGGGCAUUGAAUAUGGCGAUAAAGAACGAAGGGCUGAUGCUAAGAUGGUCUGUGACGUGGUAAGUCGGAUGGAGGACACAGAGCCCUUCUCUCCAGAGCUGUUGUCAGCUAUGAUGAGACUCUGGGCAGAUUCUGGAAUCCAGGAAUGCUUCAACCGGUCCCGAGAAUAUCAGCUUAAUGACUCUGCUCAAUACUACCUAGACAGCUUAGAUAGAAUCGGAGCUGCGGACUACCAGCCAACAGAGCAAGAUAUCCUUCGGACCAGGGUCAAAACAACCGGCAUUGUAGAAACCCAUUUCACAUUCAAAAACCUCCACUUCAGGCUGUUCGAUGUGGGAGGUCAGAGAUCAGAACGUAAGAAAUGGAUUCACUGCUUUGAGGACGUCACAGCAAUCAUUUUCUGUGUGGCGCUGAGUGGUUACGACCAGGUACUCCAUGAAGAUGAAACCACGAACCGCAUGCAUGAAUCACUGAAGCUGUUUGACAGUAUCUGUAACAACAAAUGGUUCACAGACACAUCCAUCAUCCUCUUUCUAAACAAGAAGGACAUUUUUGAGGAGAAAAUUAAGAAAUCUCCAUUGACAAUCUGCUUUCCUGAGUACACAGGCCCUAACUCUUUCACAGAGGCUGUGGCUUACAUCCAGUCUCAGUAUGAGAGCAAGAACAAGUCCCCCAACAAGGAGAUCUACACACACAUCACCUGUGCCACCGACACCAACAACAUCCAGUUUGUCUUCGAUGCAGUGACAGAUGUUAUCAUUGCCAACAACCUGCGUGGAUGCGGACUCUACUAAACCCUUCUUCUCCUUCUCCUCUCCCUACGUACACCUGGAAACACUCUCAUUCAGGUUGAUGGGUUUCUCUUACCCUUCCCCCGUCCCAAAAGAUAAGAUGGAGAAGACGAUAAAAAAUUACAUAAACUCCCCUCCCUUUUUCUGUCCCCAAGAACCUCUGAAGAAAGGUCUGCUUUCCCCUAGCCACCCCUUUUUUAAAAAAAAAUUCCUUCUGUUACAUUUGUUUUCACCUUGUUCAGUUUCAGGAAUGGCAGCCAAUGUUCAUGAUACUGUAGAGGGAGCUAAAACAACCUCUGCGUUUCAGCUGCCAAAAAAGGCUCAUUCAUGAAAACAAAAUCAGUUUCUCAAAGCUGUAUGACUAGCUUACAUCAAAAUUAGAAUCUGAAACUUAAACACUUUUUUAUUUGCCUAAAAUUGAGGGAUAUUUUAAUUUCCUUUAUUGUUUAUGUUUUUCUUAAACUCUCUCUGGAUACUCGAGAUGAAAGGUAAUCACUUCAGAGGCUCUUUCUGGCACCAGCUUCUAUUCCAAAGUUGAAAGGGUCAAUUUAGGAAACAGAGACAAUAGUUUGAUACUAGAUUAUUUUCUUUUAGAUAAAUAUUUGGACACGUGAAACAGCUGUAAUGAUGUUUGCUGGUGUCACUUAAGACAGACCCAGUAACAGAAGCUACUAAGCAUCGUAAAAUGUUUAUUACCUAUAACAGGCUUACCUCAAGUUUUCAAAAUUAACGUUAAAAUAUUUCUCUAGUAUUUUCAAUAAUCCAUUUCUUACUCUACAUAUAUCUUUAUUCUCUUUACUUGAUACUGCAGAGCUACUGUACUGUAGCUGGGCAACUGCUAGAUGUUCGUGUAACAACCCUCAUGUAACGAGACAUUAGCAACAAGCAUUGUUCCGAGUGAAGUUCUGAAUCAUGUACGUUUCCUGGUAUGACUAAGUAUAAAAAAAAUACUCAUUGGGCCCUGUUCUUUCCUGCAUCCAGGUUCUGUUUAACACAGAUCUAUCAGGGAACUAGUUAUGGCUUCCUGAUGCAGUGCCAGCCUAACACCAGCAUUAGUUAGACCAUGUGGGGCCACAGGUGUAACUUUAAAUUUUGGUGCCCAGGGCAGUGUUGGGAGGGAGUGCUUAUCUCCUCGUGCAGGCUCCAGCAAUGCCAGCAUGGGCCACUUCUGCCUUGGCGCAAGCUCCCAACACAGGCUGUUGCAGCAGCACAGGCUCCUGGGGCCUGCCUUUCUGGCACCCCCUCUGAAUCGACACUCAAAGCUAGUACACAAGUUAUGCUACUAUCUGAGGAGUUUGCUGUAAGCUGUACCACUGCCCUUAGGACUCCAAAGGAUCUUAAGCCUGGAAAAAUUAGCAUGGCAGAACUAUGCUCCUUGGUGCCUUCAGCUAUGCACGCUGUGCCCUCUCCUCUUCAGGUAGCCCACCCCUAAGCUUGAGCAGAAGCAGGUGGCUGACACAGGAGCCAGCUCUGCCAGAUUCACAUCAGCAAGAAAUUUCCCAGUGUGAAGGCAAUUUUCAUUGGCCAUUCCCAAAUGGAAUCCCUGGGCAUGAAGUGUCCAGGGAGCUUUUCACUGUACUCCUGUUUGCAUCUUUGUGCACCUCAAUACCUUUACAAAUCUGACCCAUAGGAGAUUAAAUCCUAUUGAUUGUCAGCAAGCAUUAAGCUUCUAAACUGCCUCACCAGUUUUCAGGUAGAACUGAGGCUCCUAUAUCCUUUAGCCACUUUUUAAAAUUUACCAUCAUCUUCAACAAUUACAAAGUUGCUAAGGGACAGAUUUUUAAAAGGUAUUUAGGCAUGUAAAGAUGCAAAUUGGAGUACAUGUAUUUUCAAAUACACUGAGGACCAGAUUCUGUUCUACUUAUUAGGUGUGUAAGUGGAUUUAGGUGCCUAAAUGCUAUUUUAUUUGUUCCAGAUCAAGUCCCUGGAAAACAAUUAAUGCAAAAAGUGGGUAGUUCCUCCUUCUCUUUGCUUUUUUAUGACCAGUCAUAAGGUAUAUUACAAGAGUAGCUGCAUUAAUGGAUCUUCUGGACUUGAAUAGGAUGGAAUGGAAUCACACUCAGGUUCCUAAGUCCACUUAGAAAGAAAAGAAUCUGGCCUAGUGGUGCUUUUCUUUAGGCACCUAAUAUCUUUAAAAGUCUGCCUGUAAUUUCUUAGCUUCUUCAAACCUACCCAAAACAUGCAGUUCACCUAUGUUGGCACACACCCCAGUCACCAUGAAAAAGGAGUCCUCUAUUCUUGUGGAACAUUUUUCAGUGCCCCUUAGUGAUCAGCCUCGUAUCUGAAGAAGACUUUGUAGCUACUAUUGUUUAUAAUGAUUCCUAAGAAAAUCAUCUGCCUUUAUUUAUAUUUAUUUGGUCAACAGAUGCCUUGCUUUAAUUUGACCUUUGGCCUCUGAAGCCAGGAGAACCAACAGCCAUACCACCAGAAAUUAGGGCAGUAGCAAGGGCUGAUAUCCUACCAGAGAGCUGUAGUCGCAGGUAGGGUGAAGGCUAAAAAUCACUGAGGAGUCUGAGACCCUAAUUAAGUGCUGAGUUUAGUCUGUUAUAGAAAAUUAUAGCUUGCUAUGCAUCUACUUCAGUAGUGUUCAGACCUGGGAUUUUGGUUUAGACUUUUUUUCUCUGCUCUGUCCAUAUAGAUGCACAUGCAUAUGGAAAAAAAUUAUAAAAAUUCCCUUUAACCAUAAUUUUAAUAUAUAUAUAAAUUACAUGAGUUGUUUAAACCAGUGGUGCUCAACCUUCCAUCCCCACAUGCCAUGAGUGGCGCAAGGAAGGUCUAUGGGCUAGAACCUGCGUGGGGUCAGGCCCCAUGCAUCCAAUUGGACCUUGCAUUGGCCUGGCCUCACACCCUCAAGCUGCACUUUCCCAGCCACCAACAAGGCUCCCCACAGGCCCUGAAAUUUGGUGGCUGGGAAGCAGCAAUUCAUACUUCUUUCGGCAGGUCCCCUGCUGCCAAGGUUUUUGACCCCAUGGGGAGCCCUGAAAGCUUGAUGACAUGGCUCUGCAGUCUGGGAAUUGAGCACCCUUGGUUUAUACCCAAGGCAGCUGUGUUAUGGGAGUGGCAACAGGAAGCUAACAUGAUCAAAGCAAUAGAGUGCAAAGGGAAAAUGUAAGAAAGAGGGACAGAAAUGGAGGGUGACAGGUGUGCAGAAGACAGAUUUGGAGAGUGAAGUAAGAUGGAGCAGGGGGGCUAAUGAGGAUCAGAAGAACAAAAUCUGCAGGUAUGAGGGUGAAAAAUAAAAAUUGGGAGUGAGUCAGUGGCUUGCUGCCACCAUCAGGGGCCAGAGUGCUCAGGUGUUUGUCCUUGCAGUGAUAGUGUCCAGUUGAGGCGAAGACAGUAGCAUGAGAAGAGAUACAGAAUUCAGCAUGCUCCUACUGCUGCUGACAGACACUUCUGAGGAAGCUUAAAGCUCCACCUUAAAAGACUUUGUGGAUGUCCCAAGUGGCAUCAAUGAGAGGAAAGCAUGUUUCAGGAUCCACAGUGUCAAGUUGCCUUGGAAGGGAGGAUAAGAGGGACCCUGCUGAUCCCUAGCUCUGUACCACAGAUCUGUCAUUUUGUACACGGACCGAUUGGUUUUAUCUGUGAUUUUGAUCUGUGUGAGCCUGUACCUGAUAACUCUGGACCAGGUCAAGUUCUAUGGCAGAAAAUAUACUGGUUUUCAUGGCCCAAAAGCUGAUGGUUGGCUAAGAAGGAUAAUACAGGAAACCCUCGGUAUUUGGGGGUUCAGCAUUCGCAGUUUCAUAUAUAUGCGAAUGCCUAACCUGCAUUUUAAAUACACUUUAAACACUUACCAGAGCUCCCCAGGAGCUCCUGCUGCCAUGUUCCUGCUGCCACCACCAAAGCAUGCCCCCCCAGCCGCCGGGGGCACUGCAUUCACGAAUACAGUGCCCUAUUCGCAGAUUUCGCCAUUCACACGGGUCACAGGAACAUAUCCCCCAUGAAUAGUGAGGUCGCCUGUAUUAAACUACUCCCUGCACCUCUUCCCUCUCCAUUUCGCUAACCAGAGAUGCUGAACUGGUUUGUUAAAAAAUAAGAGCCAGACCAGACCUCUACUCUUUUAAAAGCUAUAUAUAUUGGGUUCCUCUCCUAGACUCAAGUAUACAUUACUUUUAAAGACCAAUACAGUGUGUUUUCGUCAACAUACUACAGCAGCUAGUGUGCUAUAAAUGCCAUGCUAGAGACCCAGAGCAGGCUUAGGCCCUUGAAUGAGUUCUGUAUUUAGUUUUCAUGAACUCACAUUCCCAAAGUAUUCUGGAGUGCCUUUGACACAGAUAAGACCCAGAUUUUCAUUCAGCUUGUGUCCCCAGGCCCAAAAAUGACUACCGACCUAACUGGUCAGCAUAGCCAGUUUGGCUUCAGUGGGUGGCAAUCAGUGAAAGAAACAAGCAUGGUGAAAAUGGCUGGUGAUAACUGUAAGAGAAAAGAUGUGAAGAGCAGAGAACAGACGACUGAAGUUGGAAAGGAGGAAGGAAAAGGAUCUGGCUGAGUUGACAAAGGUAGGGGGGAAAAAGCAGAUGAGGAAAAGAGUGAUACAUGAAGGACUGGAAAGUCUCAGUCCAGGAAAUUUAGAUUUUCCAAGCUUUUCUGUGAUAUCUGUGACUAACCUGCACCAAUAAUUUUGCCAAACAGUGUCCUCAAGAUAUAAGAAAUGAAUAGGAGAUCACAUAUUUUUAAAAGCAGUACAGUAAUUAUCCUUAUCAAAAUGAUCGCAGCCCCAAACUAGCAUAUCUCUAUAAGUGAAAAUCUAAAGUAUUAAAUAAUAUUUAUUAUUGUGUGUAGUUGAGAGUCACUGCCUGGGAGGGCAGGUAACUGCAACAAUAACAGCAAUGGUUCCAUUGUAGUUUUGUCUUUGCUCUUGGCUGGCAAAGAAGAGCCUUCUUUCUCUCCAUAGCCAUAAAACAAAGUUCAGCCUAUGCUUCAAAAAUACCUCCCCAUGGAACAGCAUUCAUGAAGAGUCAGGCAGCUUGAUUAGUAUUCUUCUUCCAGCUUUUAGACCUCCUAUUCCUAUAUCUGUCCUAGUUUCAUAGAUACUAACUCAAUAGUCAGUUUUGUAUAAUUCUAGCACCCUCUGCUGUAUUAGAUCUAAAACAACAGAAUACCACUCAUGGAUGCAAGAUACGCACAUAUAAUUGCACUUAUUUUAACUGGGAUUUUUUUUAAAUCAGUAGAAUGUGGUGCCUAAUUCUCUUGGCCCCUUUUGAAAAUCCCUUGUGCCCUGAUACUGCAAAGACCUAUUUAGAUGUUUAGUUAGUAUUACUACCUUGUGAUUGAAAUCACUGGAACUACCCAUGAGACAUGGUUAAGUCUGUGAAGAACCAGGAACUCAGUGUGUAAGCAGACAAUGUGGCGACAGGAAGACCACAGGAAAGUUAAACCAGCAACACCAGAUGAGCCAUUCUUCCUUCUCAGAUGUACAUCAUCAGUUUCAUUGAGGUUGUACUAGUAAAAUGAAAAUUUUGCAGCCUAAUGAAAGUUGUGUAGUUAACUUGUUUUACUGCUCAAGGCAACAUGCCCUGAAGAACCCUGUAGUCCUUCCUACAUUGAAGGGCUUCUGGAAGGUGAUAAAUAACCUUGCAAAAUCAAAGGAAAAAAAGAUAACUAGAACUCUUGUUUUGAUGGGUGUUUUGACAAGGGAAGGAGAAAGUAAUAUCACUCCUAAAAUGUUGCCAUUGUGCAACAUCAAUUUUGAUUUCCCAAUUUGAGGCCAAAAGUCUGAAUAUUAUAAUCAACACAUAGUUUUAACCAUGGAAGUGUACUAACAUAGUGUAGGAGAUGCACAUAAUUUGAACAAUGACUUUGUGAAGCAACAUCUGUUUAUCUAAUGAUCUUUAAAAAGUGUAUGGAUGUACAACACUGAUCUCUAAUAUCAUGUGUAAUUAUUCAGCCCAAACAAAAUGCCCAACUUACUUAAUGUUAAAGACCAAAGACUUUAUCUGAUUACAGCAAGUAGAAAAGCAUUGCCCUUUACUGAGUUGUAACAGAAGCAGCAUGAGUACCACUUGCAGUUUGAGCUGGGGGGUUUUCCCCUAGCUGGGGGUGGGGUAUUACCCUUUGUAGUAAGCAGAGUAUUUAAAUCUGUUCUUACUCUAGAUGGUGCUGAUUCAUAGGGCCCAAUUCUCCGCUAUUCUGCACCCUGUGUCGUCAUUUGUAAGCACACAGAGUGCAGAUUGGUGCCAUUCUGAUUGAUAGAGUUUUCCACUCACUUUGUGCUCACGUAAGUAACACCACUUGAUUGCAGAAUAGCAGCAUGUCAGGCCCAUGAUAGUUUUACAUGGAAUCAGAUGCUCAGAGAUUUAGAAGAAUUAAAAUAGUGUGUGGUGGGUCAGAGCAAUCUCUUGCUUUUUACGGCAGAUGGUUUGUGUCUCAUGUAUUCUGCGCAGAUUGAUUUUACAGGGCUGAUUCUAUGGUCUGGACUCAAAAUUUACUCAAGCAAAAUACCUGGUGAGAUUAACAGGAUAUUUUGUCUGCAAAAGUUGUCAAUAAACACAGUAGGAUUUUGUCCUGAAUGAUAUUAGAGUUAGUAAUAAAUGUUGAUCACAUGCUGCUGCCAUUGCAAUCUUUCCUGUAUUUGUACACAAGCAUUUGCAUUUUUGCCCUGCAUGCACAGAUCAAUGCAUGCCUAAUUGGAAUAUUUGUAUGCUUAUUUGACUGGUGACUUAACUAGCCAUGUGCAAGUCCAUAAAAUCUUGACUUGCGCUUGCUCACCUGAUCAUUUAUUCAUGAAAAAGUUUCCCAAGUAAGUAUAGAUCCAAGCUUACAGUUCAAUUAGGCCUUUGCUGGGCAUUUCCCACAGCUUUGCAUAAUGACGAUGAUAUGAUGGGGAGAUACAGGAAGUGAGAAAAAAAGUGUAGUGGAAAUCAUCUUCAGCAGCGUUUCAAAACCUAGGUGAAAGUUAGGCUUCAUUGAAAUCAGUGGCAAAACUCCCUUGCAUUUUUAAUGUGGCCAGGAACUCAUCCAUAAUCCCUUAAAGGGAGUCAGUCGCUUUUGAUUACUUGACACCUUGAUGGGGGUGGGGGGAGGAUCAUUUAGGAAGCUGCUUUAAUAUACUCCAUUAAAAGAAGAGAUGGAUUUUUUUUUAAAUGUAUGUAUGCUGUCUUAGAUUCCUCACUUCUUAUGUAAUUGCUGAUGUCAUAGACAUUUCUUGGAUAAUGUUGGUGAAGUAAGCAGAAUUUAAAUCAACUUGAACUACACUGCUUAAUAACAUGGGAGCCUCCUCACUGUUAUAAUAAUGCAAUUAUACUUUACACAUAGUUAUGGCCAAGCAGUCUGGGCUCUCAUUUCUGAGCUGUGAGUUCUAAUUCUGUCCCCUCUUGACAUCAGCUCUUUCUGUGGCUUUGAGCAGAUCACUUAAUUGCUCUUCCUCCAUUUCCCUUUGUGUAUUUAUAGACUUUGCUUCCAAAAUGGCAUUAUUCAUCAGCAAUCACCAUCCUUCCUUCUAGUUCUUUUUUAAUUGGUUGCCCUGUGCAGACAACAUUUUACCCAAUGCUUAUUUGUUUACUUAAGUGAUAGCAAUAAUUACAUGUACAACAUAUAAAUAAAAUGUAAAAAUACAGUCCACCUUUCAUAAAAUCCUUUUAUUGAACAAUAAAUAGGUCUCUCCUUACACUGCAGCAUUCUACCUUCAUCUCUCUUGGAGUCCCCAGAAUUAGUUUUACUUGCAACACAUACACACAUAAACAAUAUAGACUUUGUAUCGCAUUGGUACCAUUGCAACCAAAUUAGGUUAUGAGGGAAAAUAAAGACAUGAAAUUCAACUAAUGAUUUUAGCUGAACUUUGAAGCAAGUAUGGAAAUUUGCCAUAGAUUCUUUGCUGUUCCUUUAAUGUAUUUUGGAAGACACAUUUUUUUUUAAAUUACUCAAAUUAUUAGAUGAGGAUGGUCAUCACCUGAAAGCUCCACAAUGCAGAAUUAGCAUUAGCAAACCUGAAAAGAGCUGACAAUAGCAGGGGACAGGGAGGCAAAAGAAGAGAGGCUCCCAAUUGGCUUCAGAUGACCAUCCUCAUCAGCACAGAUCUAUUGAAAUCAGUGGAACUAUACUAAUGGAGAAUUUGGCCCACACUAUGUGCAGCAGUAUGCACACACUUAGUUCUCUUUGUUGAGUAUGCUAGUAUGGUUUUCCAUGAAAAUGCAGCUUGGAUGAGACAGUGGUUUCAUCAUACACGGAAAAGCGCUUUAUUAAUGAGGGAGUUGAAGGAGGCAAAUAAGUACUUAGAUGCCACGCUUACUCCCAUACCAUAGUAUGUUACUGCAUACAGUCCCAUUGAUAUCAGUGGGACUCUUUGGGUACAUCUACACAAGAUGCUGAAUUCACAGUAGACUAAUUCUACUGCACAUUAGUGCAUCAUGGUGAAAGCCAUGCUAUUGUGCUAAUGUGCAGUAGAAUUAAUCUAAAAGACACAUGCUGGUGCUACUGCACAGUAGUGCCAAUUGCUGUGCAUUUAGUUAGUACCUGUUAUUACCAGUACUAAACAAUAUGCAGUAACCGCAGUGCAUUAAUGCACAUGUAAAUGUGUCCAUUGGAUAGUAAGUUGCAGCUCCCAGAAGGGUAGCACCAUUUGGACCGCAGCAAUAAAACUGCACUGCAAGUAUACGUGUUGGAAUAUUCACAUAUAUUUUUAAAGGCUAACUUGUCUUUAACGCAGGGAGGUUACACUAUCACCUUUGUAUAUAGACUGAGGAGUGUAGUCCAGAAUCAAAGCAGCAUAAAAGAUCCAGCUGUCAGGCUUGUUCCCUACAGUCUCUUCUCUAGUGCUUUCUCCAGCAUAGCUGCAAAUGAAUCAUUUGGUCAGUCUUCCACCAUCUCCCAUGGAGAAACUAUUCCAAAGACUCUGCUAGAAAUGUGAUUAUAAAAAUGAACCUAUUGUAGAAAUGUCUGUGGUCAAACUGGCAAGUCAUGAAGCCACACUAGAGGUCACCCACACUGAAAUAUGGUGAACUGCAGCAAAUUUAGGCACAGUUAUUAAUUGCCAUUUUUUGGGUAGUGAUAGAUUUUGAAAGAUUUCCUCCUUUUAAAUCUGUUACAACCCAGAGAGACUUGUCACAAGUUAAGCUAGGUCCAAGUUACUGAAUGACAAGAAGAAUCAGGAGCAAUUCUAGAUUGAAAGAGCUGUCUGCUAACUAAUGCUAGGGCUACUGAAACUUUGAUUUUGAAAUAUUGGUGGGAAGUGUUCAAGUCUGAAGCACUGUGGAAGACAUUGCAGGGGAUCCACGCUAAAUAAUCAGAUUACCUAUCAUUUGUGACAAUGAAAUGUACUUGGAACAGCCUCUUUUAGUAGAAGUCAAGGUCCCAGGUUCUCACAAGCCCAGCAGCCCAUAAGGCUAGCAUCGUUAAGGCAGGCCAGUUUCCAUAGCCAGUGGUGCGGAAAGGAGUGGUGUGACUGGCAUAAAUUCCAGCUGCCUUUGUCUCUUCCACAGAUGCCAAUUACAGCAGGGUUGAAUAGGGGUGGCCUUUGGCACAGGGCCAGACAGGCUCAAACUCAUGUUUCCAGACCCAUAGAAAGAUCCCUUCACUACUUGGGCACCAUCAACAGGCGUAGGGAGAACAAAAUCCAAAAUAGAGUUGUAAAAUUGAGCUUGAUCAAUGUAAACAGGAUUAUAUGAUAUGGCUGCCUGCAAAUGCAGGCAACUGAAAGGAUGAAUCAAAGGCCCCUUCCAGUCUUAUAUUCCUCUGUGAUAGAACUCCAAAAGUAAGCUGGUACAGUAGAAGUUAAAUGUGGUCAUCUCUUUUCACACGAUAUUGCAGAGCAGCAAGACUGUGAAAGUUCCCAUGUUGGAUGCAGGCACUGCAGAGCACUGCAGGUUUAGAGCAGCCCAUUAGCUUCCCCACCUUCUGUGAUGAUAGUUCCAUCCUUCUGAGAAUUCAGACUGAUUUUCCUCUUCUUGCCUUGCUGUGCCUCAGACUCUGAAUGAACACCAGCAGCAGCUGUUAUGGUCUCAGCUAUAUCAGCCACCUCAGGGUGGACCAAUCUGUUCAUUCUUGUGUACAGUACUGGGACUAACAGAAGUGCCUUUUUCUAUAUCUUAAAUACUGAUUGAAAUGAGCAGUCUGCCUGUGGGUUGUUGGGACUAGUCAUAGAAAUAGUAACCUUCAAACCCUGCUCUGUCAUGCAGGACACAUAAAAAGAAAAGUUAGUUAUGUGUGAGAAGGAGGAGUUUGGAUCUGAUCAGAGUGUAGGUAGGUACUGCUUGGAUCCAUCCUGACAGUAACCAUUCCUAGAGACCAAUGAGCUAACAGCAUUGCUAGCAGCUGUCUAAAGUAUGGCAGGAUAAUAGGCUUCCUCAGUGGGAUCUAUUAUCCUCCUUGACUCUUUGAUUUUAGCUGAUAGGUCCUGAACUGUUCCAGUAAACGAAGGCUAUACAGUUUUGGAAACUGUUUUAAUACUGUACCCUAUGGUGACCUUGUUACAGUUAGACAGAUAUUGAACUGGGAUGCUAGCUAUUAAUAUGCUAGGGUGCAUCCCUAUGAGUGGGAACUUGCAUUCCCCAGGAACAACCAGCAGCAGCACAUAUUUGUGCUGCUGCUAGUUGUCCCCAGGGAACACUCCUGCAUACACGCUCUGGCACAUAGCAAGUUGCCCUAAGCAAGGUAGGGAAGGUUGGGGCCAGCACCUGGGCUGGCCUCAGCAGCUUUACCUGGGGUCCUUCCAGGGCUCUAGCAGUGGCAAUCCAGGUACAUAGAGCCUGGCCAGCAGCCAGAGCUCUGGCUGGCCAAGCUCUGGUUUCAGGCGGCACACGCCACCACCCCAUUUUUUUUUUUUUUUUUGGUGUCGGUUUUUUUGACACCAGGAUCACCUAAUGUCAAAAAAAAAAAAAUCUGCUGUGCUGUGAAUUAGCAGAACAGCAAAUGUCUGUAUAUGCAGCACAUGUGUUCUGCAACACCACAAACUACAUGACCACUGUGGCAUACCUGGUAUGAUCUGACUGGUACUGGAGGUCUGUGCCUGGCUUCUGGGGCAGAAGGGGAGGAAUUAAGUCCUUGUUUUUGUACUGCAGAACAUCACUACCUCCCACCAGCUGCAGUAGAAUGACAAUGGAUAACCACGUGUAAAUUCAACUGCAGAUUCUUUCACAAUUAACUUGCUGUUCAUACUGUCCUGGCUCCAGCUAUCACCCACUUCCAAAAAUAUACUAAGUAUAUCUAUAUAUAAGAGUUAUACAAAUACACCUCAUAAUGUAAGGUCUUGCACAAAUCCAGCAUCAAAAUCCACGGCAAAGUAGCAUUAGGAAACAUCAAGUGACUUGUGAUUACAGACUGAUAACUGCUUUAUUUCCCAGUAAAAAAAAAUGAUAGCUUGUAGGUAGGGCAUUACCUUUAUGUGUUUUAUCACAGAUAUUAUAUCUCCAAAAGUACCUGAGGGAAAUCAGAACAACUGGGAGGAUGGUUUCAGAAUGGAACACCACCACUCUACCCCUGCUGUAUUGUUGUAAUACUGUAACUGGAAGCAAUACAAUGUAAUUGUAUUCGGGGGUCGGACUCGAUGAUCUAUUGAGGUCCCUUCUGACCCUAACAUCUAUGAAUCUAUUAAUCUAAUGUAAUGGGCAGGGAGUCAGGAGACCUGGGUUCAGUUCCUGACUCUCGCACUGCUCUGCUGGUGUAAGCUGAGGCAACUCUACUGAGACCAAUGGAGUUGCAUCCAGUUAUGAUAGCAAUGAAAUGGCCAUACAGAGCAGAAAAGCCUAUAAGAACUAGUGCAGUGAUGAAAAACAAAGGCCUCAGGGUAAGAUCUGAACAUGCUGGGUGCAACUACACAUGCAAUUAAUUAGAAGCAAUAAACUCUGGCACAUAUUGCACCAGAGUUUAUUGCUCUCAGGUGCUGCAUCUUCACGCGCACACAGGACCACAGCACGUUGAGACAGGUCAGAGCAGCCCAGGCUGGCAGAGGGCCUGGGAGGUCAGCCUGCCAACCUGGAGCUGCUCUGACCUGGCUCAAUGAGCUGUGGAGGGGCUGACUGAGGCACAGGGGUGCUUCAGUGAAUGGCUAGCUGGCAGGUAGCCCCUGCACCAAAGCAUCCUCAUGCCCCAGCCAGACCCAUCAGCAUCUACACGUGUUGCUGCGCACUAAAAAAACCUCUGUCAUUAAGCUGCAGUGGAGUUUAUUAGUUUACUACAACCUAAUAGGGCCACACAUGUAGAUGCUGAGAUGUUUGCUAUGGCAGCACUGCAGUAAACAUCUCGUGUAUACAUGCCCUUGGAGGAGCAACAGCUGUGUUACAUUUCCAAUAGAUAUAGUCCCAAAGUAGUGUAAGAGCAGUAGGUGAGUGGGGCACAUGCCCUAGGCACAACAAUCUAAGGAGAGGGGCAUCAAUAGCAUAAAGAAAGGGGCACCUCUCCCUCCCAUCCUUUGCUCCACCUGCACUUUCUGGCUGUAGGAAGCAGCCAGUGCAGGUGCUUGUUGUGGGUGCCUAUACAUGAACACUGAAGCUGCCCCAACAUACCAUAAUUACAGCAUGUCAGAGCAGACUCAAUUAAUCAUUCAAUGAGCUUUAGUUAAAGCCACUUUUCAGCACGAGGACACUGACAUGUGACACUCUGGGUGCUUCAAUAAGAAUGGCUCUCAGCUCCCAGAGCACAUGUAUAAACACCCUCUAGAGUGUCACAAAGUGCAAAGCAUUCUGGGAAUUGCAGCUCUGUAGAGUACCAAUAGCUUGCUGCUGCUGUGGGGAGAACUGACCCCAUUUUUGCUGCCAAAUUCAGUGGGGGUUUUUGCCAUCUUGGCAUGGGCUUCAGCAGCAAAAAAAAAAAAAGGGGGGGGUGGGAGGGGUGACGGUUUCCCCUCAGCAACAGCAAACUCUACUGCUGUUCUAGAGAAUUACAGUUCUCAGAAUACCUUUCACUCCCACAACACCUUGCACUCCAUGACACUGCCCCGUUGCUGCUUCCUGUUGCUCCUGCCUGCUGCCUUGUGUGAAACCAGAAGGUGUAGGGAGGGCAGAGGAAGAGGAGAAGAUGAAGACAGCACUGUCCCAACUACAUUUUUCCAUAUGAUGCCUCUGCAGUCCUAGACCUGGUCUGUGGGAGUAAAUCCCCCACUUUUUAUGGUGCUGAGCAAAUAAAAAAUAAAGGGUUUGUUUUUGAUCCCUGAACCAAACCAAACCACAUAAAAAAAACUGUGGCAGGGAGGAGGGAAUCAUUUAGAAAACCAAAGUUUUUUCAAUUAAGUACAACAAAAAUAAUCCUAAUUAUUGCUCAGCACAGAACUCUUCAUUCAAAUUUCUCUCUUUUAUUUUUUGAGUUUUCAAACCUUUUUUAAAAGUCAUUUAAUAAGAGACAGUAUAGGUCAUUUUUUAAAGGAAAAACACUUCUCAAAUGAAACACUAAGCUUCAAAAUUGGCAAAAAAAAAAAAAAUCAAUAUUUCCCAGAGAUUUUAAAUUUUGAAAGUGCCAAAAUAGGCUUUUUGGACAUGUUUGAAUGUUUUUCCACAUUUUUCUGCCAAAAUUUGUUGCCAAAUGUGACAUGAUUUUGAAAUGCAUUUCAUUCCUUCCAAAACUCUGUAUUUCAGCAGAUUUACUGUUUGUCAGAAAUAAUUUCUUCCGGUUCUGAUUCAUAGGCACAUAACUGUUUCUUCAUAUGUAUGUGACACCCUUUAAGGGUACAAAGUUAGAGGCUGAGCAUAGUGUCACAUACUGUGUUCCUGAAGGAAAUGGUUUCCCUUAUGAAGGAAAAUGGCUGCAGAGGAAAGCCAGUCAUGCUGAAAUACAUCCCUGAAGGCUAGUUAGAGCCACUGGCACAGUCUAAUAACAACCUCACAGGACAUAACAGCACCUACCCAGGAGCUCUACUUGUAUAUGCCACUUUCCUGUUGCUCUAGUAGUCUGAGGAAGAGAGAAACUUCCUAGCCAGCACCCUGUAUCCUCAGGUAUAACGGUUUGGGAAGAAUCUAGAGGCAGUAGCAUAACUAAGCUGAGGCAAUACUGCUAACUAAGCAGUCCUGAAUACUGACUUAAGGGGUGACCUAGCCACUGCCACCCAGGCUGCACAACUGACCAGCUACACCUCUGUCUAGGAGACAGGAAUGUUGUUUUCAGUAUUCUAUCUCCCCACCUCAGCCCAAGCUCUGCCAAAGCAGUGGGUAGGAUCCUUGCCUUGUAAGCUAAUCCUCCAAAGACAGGAAAUUCAAAGCCAUGAGAUGCCCUGAAGGUCCAGGAAAAAGUGAGGUGGCUCCCAUAGAGGGAAUGAGUCCAAGAGAAGAACAUGCCACACUCCUCUUAGUCAUUAGGAGGAGUGAAUAGAAAAUUGCUGAAUAAAGUUUAGCUAUUCAGCUAAAUUCUAUUAGCUGAAUAGGAAAUUGGUAGCUCAACUCCACAGCCAUCAUGACAGAGCAAGACAAGCUACCAACUUCUUGUGUCAUGAGACAAUCAGGGGUGGGGGUACAGCAGUGGCCUGCCUUGGGGCUUAUGUAAUAGGGCUGUGCGAAAUUUCUCCGGCUGUUUCGUUUCAACACUGUUUCGACUCAUUUCAAGCUAGAAACAGCUAAAUCAAAAUGAAGCGAAAGGCUUCGAAACAGCCUUGAAACAAAAAAAGGGCAGUUGAAACAUUUCAAAGGUUUCUAAACGUUACAAGUUUUGAAGCAGCCAGCCAGGUGGUGGGAGACAAGGGAGAACCAGGGCUGCGAUCGGGCUGGGGAAGGGAACUCAGCCCGGCACAGUUCCCCUCCCCAGCGCUGUGAUCCCAGGACUGGUGAGAGGAACUGAGCUGGGCUGAGUUCUCAUCCCCAGCCGAUUGAAACGUCGAAACAGUGUCAAAACAGCAAAAUCGUUUCGACGAAACAGAAUGGAACAGUGUUUUCGAAACAAAAUGAAACUCAAAAUGAAACACUGUUCUGUCAAAACAGAUGUUGAAGCAGAAUGCUACUGUUUCGCCCAGCCCUAUGAUGUAAUGCAAGCAACAGCUGUAUGUCCUGGACUAAAAUGAGCCAGAACAGUGCUGUGCCGCAGUCGAGGUGAAAGCUCCCUUUGGCUCCCAUUUCCAAGUCACUCAGCUGCCUGAAAAUUGGAUGAGGGCCAUUCCAGGUUGUCAGGGAAGGGGUGGAGUGAGUUGCCGUCAUACAUUUUCCUUACAGUGCCUUUAGAAAGCAACUUGAUGACCACACGUGGUUGACACAAUGUUAAUAAGUGACUGUGUCAACAGUCCUCCAUCCCAAAGAGAGUGGGGGUGAUAAUGAGAUGCUCACCACUGCCUCCUUAUCCAAACUAAUCUGCUUCUGCAAUGCCAUACUGACAACAGCACUGACAGAUUGGACAGCACACUGGGUUUCAGGUCCAUCUUAUGCUUUAAACAGUGCCAACUGCAGUGCCCCAUGACACCUACUGCAAUAAGGCAGGGCUGGGGGUGGGGGGUAGGGGAGAGGAGGGAAGGAAUCUCUAACUUCUGAGGCAGGGUACUUGACUUCACUUGCCUUUCAUUUCACAGGAGAGUCCUGCUUCUUGACAGGUCUCUUCCACCACAACCUCUAUUCCCAGCAUUUACAGGGCAAUGGGAGAGUCACAAGAGUAUUUCCAACUUCACAAUAGAGCACUGUAAUAUGCAGCUGGUGCAGAGGAGUUGGGGUUGCCACAAAACUAAUCCUGCUGAUGGCCACAAAAUCCUAACAUACUUGGUCCUUGAAGAUACUGUAUUGACCCUAUUUUUGGGAAUGAAAAGGACUCUUAAAGACAGGCAGAAUCUGUUCUUUUCUUAAUCUAUCCUUCAUUCUAUACUUCUUGCUCUCUCCCUUCAUAUUCCAAGACUUUGCUCAUAACAUCAUCCUGACUAAGCUUCUCAGCCACUUCCCCUUCUCACCCUCCUUUCUUGCUCCAGUUUAAUAGGAAAAUAAUCUUUUAGACUGAUACCAUUUCAUUCUAUUCAUAGACAGUUAUGAUCCAUAACUCUCCUCCACCUUUUGCCCCCAUAAUUCUAAUUCUCUUCAGCAUUUCCAAUUUCUUUUGAAGAAACACUGAAGUCUGCUAAAAUUUUUCUUUUCCCCAAUUCCUUUCCCAAUCAUUUCCUUGCAUGUUUGAUGGCCCAAACUGUAUUAACUGUAAUUUUGUAUGGAGAGUGACUGUCCAUUGAUUUAGUAGAAUUUUAGUUAUUGUAAUAAUUUAUUGGCUGUCAGUAAUGUAUUUAUUAGUUUAAAAUGUUAAUAAAGUGCCAGCUCUUUUCUAGUGUGA